CCUCGAAACGCGACAAAUUUUUCUACGCUGUUGAUGCUUCAUCACCACGGAAGGCGUGCGCAACAAGGAGGCAAGGCACUGGCGAAUGGUGGCGAUGCUUGUAAGAGGUGCUCGUGAUACUGUGCUGGUGGCAGCACAGCGAAUGUCAGCGCAGCGAGUGGGAGCACAGCGUCGCUGGCUCUCACAGGCGGUGGCUGCGAGAUCCAAGAGGAGGCUCACGGAGUACGAGUACGACGACGCUGAGAUGCUGAGGUCGAGACUGGACACGGAGCCCUACUACGCGAAGAGAGACAAGGAGCAACAGAGGGACCAGGACCCAGGGUACGACGACGAGGCACAGGGUGCCUCGUCGCCGGAUGAGCUCAGGAGGUUCCGUCGGAUCGAGAUCAUCAAGGGCCUGGCUGCUGGUGUUGCCACCAUUGGUGGGCUGAUGGGCGGCUACUCGCUGUACGCCAACUGGCCUAGGCUACAGGCCUGGUGGUACAACACUGGCGAGCUGGGCUUUGACAGCGGUGAGCCCGGCAAGAAGAGGAAGAGAGGUGUUGAGCUGCCCGUGCUGACCAACCAGAACGACUCGUCCGUGCCAGGGUUGUACCUGUGGGGCGAUAACACGGAGUACAUCACGUCGAUGAACAAGAACGCUGUUGAUGUCCGUUUCCCGAUGAGACACGACUGGUUUGAUGGGAAGUACCUGAGCUGCGUGGAGCUGGGAGACACGAGUGCUUUGGCCAUUGAUACUCACGGUGAUUUGAUUCAGUGGGGGAGAGGGUUCAACGGCGGCUCCACGCCAGAGGUCACCAUCAGAGGCGAAGCGCUCAGGUCAGCAAAGUUCUCCAAUGGCAUCAUCUAUGCCUUGAACAAGCACAACGAAGUGUUGAUAAUCCCGGAAAGCAAGGAGAACCAGGCGUCGCUGGCUGGAUUGCAGAGCCGCAACUGGCUGCUACAGAAGGUUGAUAAGCCCUUCACCAAGCUGGCGCUGGCUGGCUUCGACAAAGGCGAGACUGUUCGAUCCUUUGAUGUUGGCAAGUCGCACCUCGUGCUGAUCACUGAUAAAGGUAGGGCCUUCACUUGCGCUACAGGGUUCGAACAGCUGUCCAAGUCCUUUGGACAGUUUGGCAUACCGCAGUUCUCCCACCUCAAGACUCCUCCAAAGCCAAACAAGCUGUACGAGAUUGUGCUGUUGAACCAAGUUGUUCACUACAACUCGAAGAAUAAGAUUGAUCAUGUUGAGAACAGGGUCAUUGAGAAGGUUGCGUGUGGUAAUAACCAUACGAUGGCGCUGGACUCAAACGGCGAGCUCUUCACCUUUGGCCAAAACACAUAUGGCCAGCUGGCACACCCUGUGAGCUAUGAGACAGAGCACAUCUCGUACCCGAAGAAAGUCGACAUCCUGAACAAACACGUCAAGAGAGCCAUGUUCCCGGAGGUGCUGGACAUACACGCUGGUGGCGAUACGAGCUUCUGUGAGGUCAAGCCGGUUCACAUGUACCAGCUGGUGAAGGGCUCAACAUCGCAGAGGCCUCAGGUGGAUGACGAGUCCUUCGUCGUUGGCUUUGGCACCGCAUUGAAGGGCCAGAUCGGUAACGGGCUCUUCAUCCAUGCACAAUUCGACCCUGUCAGGCUUAAGGAGCUAGAGAAGUUCCAGGACUUCAACGAGGCAACUGGUGAAAUGGACCGUAUCCACAUCAAGGAAUGGAGCUCUGGUGAAGAGCACAGCUUUGUCAAGUUGGAUAACAGUGAUGUCCUGUACUGGGGAGCUAAUGACUAUGGCCAAUUGGGCACUGGUAAAAAGAACAGGAUCCCCAAACCAACCUCUCCGCCUUCACUGAUUGAGCCUUCGUUCACAGCAGACACCUACAAGGAUCUAACCUUUGCCAACAGGCUACAACUUUCAGAGAACCAGCAUAUAGUUGCCGGAGCCAAGGCCAGUGCCAUUUAUUACACACCAAAAUAGGCAUAUACACACCAAAAUAGGCAUCUUUGUAAAUAGAUACAACAUCGUUUCAACCAAACCACUUGUAGAAGUAAUAGCACAAGACAAAGAAUACAA